GAGGGGCUUUUUGCAGUCAGCUAAAUAUAGUCCUCACAACGGUGGUUUAUUUUAGCAUUAGUGGAGGUGGGAGAGGGGACCCCACACAAACUGACUGUCAUUCCCCUGCACCCCUCCCCUUACAUCCCCUGUACAGUCAGUGCAGCCUGUUGUCACUCUCUGCAAAGACAGCGUGGGAAGCUGAGCCACCACAAUGGAGCUGCUGUCAUCUCUUAGCCUGGACGACCUGGCUGUAUCUUUCUCCAAACUACCUGUCUUCCCCCUCUUUGAUGUGGCUUAUUAUAUCAUCUCCAUCCUUUAUCUCAAGUAUGAGCCAGGUGCUGUGGCCCUCUCUAGACGCAGUCCUGUAGCCUCCUGGUUGUGUGCCAUGCUGUACUGCUUUGGUAGUUACAUACUGGCAGAUGUCUUGCUUGGAGACUCUCCCAUCCAUUAUUUCAGUAAUAAUGCCAAUAUACUUCUUGCUUCUGCAGUCUGGUACCUCGUGUUUUUCUGCCCUCUGAAUAUCUUCUACAAGUGUGUGAGCUUUCUACCUGUAAAACUUGUUCUUGUUGGCAUGAAAGAGGUAGUCCGUGUAAGGAAAAUUGCCAUCGGAAUUCACCAUGCCCAUCACCACUACCAUCACGGUUGGGUCAUCAUGGUACUCAUUGGAUGGGUAAAAGGUUCUGGUGUAGCACUGAUGUCUAAUGUGGAACAGCUUUUGCGUGGUAUUUGGAAGCCGGAGACCAAUGAAAUUCUUCACAUGUCUUUCCCAACCAAGGCCAGUUUGUAUGGUGCCAUCUUGUUCACUCUACAGCAAUCCCACUGGUUACCUAUUUCCAAAGCAUACCUCAUCUUUUUCUUUACUCUCUUUAUGGCUACUUGCAAGAUCUACAUGACAGCAACUCACUCUCAUGGGUCACCUUUUGCUCUUCUGGAGAACCUCAUCUGUCCUAUCCUUUUUGGCACUGCAAAUGGUGACCAUAAUGGCCACGGAGAACACCAACAUCAUCACCACCAGGAUGACCAUGAGGUGUCUCACUCAAGUGCAAAAUCCAAAGAAGAGCUAAAUGAGGGCACUCGCAAGAGAAAAGUGAAAAAGGCCGAGUGAAAUGGUCAUGAAGACUAAAAAUCUAUGUGUUUAAAGAAGUCAUAAUGCAGAACCUCAGCCUUUUAUUUCGGGUUUCUUUUUAGUUUAGUCAGAAUGGGCAUUCUGCAAGCUGGAAACUGGAUAACUAUUUAUUACACCAGUAGAAAGAUACAAGAACAUUUUCUUCGUAUAUCAUUCAUCGUGUAUCAGUUUAGCCACUUUGAAGUGUGAGAUUGGAAGCUGAAUACAAAACAAAAGGAUCCCAUUCCUCAUGAUAGUAACUUCUAAUUGUUUUUAAGUCUGUUAUUCUAAUGUUUAGCAAAUUCCAUCAGAUAUUUCUCUUAUUUAAUGUUCAGAUCAUUGAAUACAUUAACAUUUCUUUCUUUUUUCUAAAAAUCUCUUAUAACACUUUCAGUAUGUCAUAACUUGUAGAUUGAAACAUCUUCCCAUCCUUUUUAUAUUUUAUGCUUUCAAAGAUUCUAUUUUGUGAAAAAGAAGACAGAAGAAUUUGUUAUAUUUAUUAAACUACCAAUUUAAAGGCAGACUAUUAUUUGUAAAUGUAGAUUUUUAACUUAACAGUUUUUCAUAAAUCAUAUGUGAAUUUGAAUAAGUCUUCAUAGCUCUACUGACAAAGAAACAUAGUAAGUGAAGACAUAUGUAUACAUUUUGGUCUGUUAAGUUAAUUAUUCAAACUUUUGUAAAUGUCCAAUAUUUCCUGGCGCAAAACAAUUAAAGACGUUUUAAACGGUCUCUAAUUUCAAACA